UGGAUAGUGGGUGCGAGUGUUGCCCAUCCCAAUCACAGCAAAUGGCCUUAUCAACUUGGACCGCCGCCGUCGCUGCAGCGGCGAUCGUCAUCACGGCGGCGCUCUGGCGGCGACUUCGCUUCCGCCUCCCGCCGGGACCCCGGCCAUGGCCGGUGGUUGGAAACCUCUACGACAUCAAGCCAGUGCGAUUCCGUUGCUUCGCGGAGUGGGCGGCGAGGUACGGUCCGAUUAUGUCGGUGUGGUUUGGGACGACGCUGAAUGUUGUUGUAUCGAGCUCGGAUCUCGCGAGGGAAGUGCUCAAGGAGAAGGAUCAGUUGCUGGCUGAUCGUCCUCGGAGUAGAUCGGCUGCUCGAUUCAGCCGAGAUGGGAAGGAUUUGAUAUGGGCGGACUAUGGACCUCAUUAUGUGAAGGUUAGAAAGGUCUGUAAUCUGGAGCUGUUCUCGCCGAAGCGGCUUGAGGCGUUGCGGCCGAUUAGGGAGGAUGAGGUUACUGCGAUGGUGGAUUCUAUUUACCGGGAGGCGACAAGAAAGGACAAAGUUGGACAAAGCUUGGUAGUGAGGAACCACCUUUCAGGUGUGGCUUUCAACAACAUAACAAGGCUUGCAUUUGGAAAACGUUUUGUGAACUCUGAGGGUGUAUUGGAUGACCAAGGCACUGAAUUCAAAGCUAUAGUGGCCAAUGGCCUCAAAUUUGGCGCAUCUCUCUCUCUUGCUGAGUACAUUGAUUGGAUCAGAUGGAUGUUUCCCCUUGAUGAGGAGGCCUAUACCAAGCACGGUGCUCGAAGAGAUCGCCUUACCCGUGUCAUUAUGGAAGAGCAUACACAAGCACGUGAGAAAGGUGGUGCAAGGCAGCACUUUGUAGAUGCACUUCUCACACUACAAGACAAGUAUGAUCUCAGUGAGGAUACUAUUAUCGGACUACUAUGGGACAUGAUCACAGCAGGCAUGGACACAACCGUGAUCACAGUCGAAUGGGCCAUGGCAGAGCUCGUAAAGAACCCCGGCGUCCAACGCAAGCUCCAGGAAGAGCUCGACCGCGUCAUCGGCACCGACCGCAUCAUGACUGAAUCGGACUUCCCAAACCUCCCCUACCUCCAAUGCGCCGUGAAGGAGUCUCUCCGCCUUCACCCUCCCACCCCUCUCAUGCUCCCUCACAAAGCCACCGCAAACGUCAAAAUCGGCGGCUUCGACAUCCCCAAGGGCUCCAACAUUCACGUCAAUGUCUGGGCCUUAGCUCGCGACCCCAAGGUCUGGACGAGCCCUCUCGAGUUCCGGCCCGAGAGGUUCGAAGAAGAAGAUAUCGACAUCAGAGGCCAUGAUUUCAGAGUCCUCCCGUUCGGCGCGGGACGAAGAGUCUGCCCUGGCGCCCAGCUCGGGAUAAAUCUGGUGCAGUCGAUGCUAGGGCAUCUGAUUCAUCACUUCGAGUGGUCGUUGCCGGAAGGGGUGAAGGCGGAGGACGUCGACAUGAGGGAAAAUCCUGGAAUGGUUACUUUCAUGCACACGCCAUUGAAGGCUGUGGCAACUCCCAGGCUUCCCGCUCAUCUCUACGACCGGGUGGCUGUGGAUAUGUGAGCAGAGGUUAGUACUGCUGGACUGCUUUCCUCCUUUCUAAUGUGUUAUUCUUUUGUAUCAUUUUGAUGGAGAGGGAGAUUUGUGAUGAACUUUGCUGGUUAUGUUCAGUUUUUAAUUCUUA